AAGGAAUUUACACACAUCCUCAUCCUCAUUAUCCCCCACCAUUCUCCCUAUCAUGCCCAAAUUUCUUUGUCUCCCCGGCUACCUCCAAAAUGGGAAAAUGUUUGCGGAGAAAUCUUCCGGUCUUCGGAAAAUCCUCACCAAGAAAUAUUCCUGUCAACUUGAUUAUGUUGAUCCUCAGGUGAUGAUCGGAGCUAAGGAACAACUCCCAUUCCAACUUUCCUCCGAUGAAGUUGAGGCCUCGGCCAAAUGGAACGCCCUCGUUGAGCAAGACGUCACUCGUGCCUGGUGGAAACAUCAAGAUCCGGGCAAUUAUGAAGGAUUCUCUCAUUCUUUCUCUUACCUUAAGAAAUAUAUCCAAGAAAAUGGUCCUUAUGAUGGAAUCAUUGGAUUUUCUCAAGGUGCAGCCAUGGCGGCAAUCAUCUGCAACAGUGUAGUUCGCGAGUCCAUGCAGGACGCGCCUUUCAAAGUUGCAGUGUUCUUUUCAGGAUUUGUAUUUACUGAGCCUAUUGAUCCAACUCAAGAUAAAUUGGCCUUAACCACUGAUUGUAAGGAUAUUGAAGAAUAUAUUAAGUUGGUACAAGUUGUCCCCGGGUAUGAAGAAUACUUCACGGUGACUCCAGAAGUUCAACAAUCCACCAAAAUCAUCAAUGUGUUUGGAUCUUCCGAUAACGCCGUCCCGGCGAUUAGAUCAAAACAAUUGACCAAAAUUUUCCGCGGUGACAACGCAAAAUCCGAGGGUAAUGAAAAUGACGACCAAGUGAUUGAAUUCCAACACGAUGGUGGGCAUUUCAUCCCUAAUAAGAAACAAUUUCUUCAACCGAUGGUUGAUGUGAUUGUCAAGGAGUUGGGGUCCACUUCGAACUUGUAGUGUGGAGUCCCCAUCUACCAAAGAACAGAGUGUGUAUGUAUAUAGAGAAUCGACGUAGACAGUUCUGAUGGGA